UUUUUAAAAAGUGGGGGGAGGGGAGGUGGAUAAAAUAGAGAAGCGACUGACACUCAGUCUCCAGUCUGAAGCUUGUCAGUUCAGAAGGCAACUGCCAAAAGCAUGGAAGUGGAGGCGAAAGUUAUCCGGGAGGGUUAUCUCGUCAAAAAGGGGAAUAUGUUUAAUUCCUGGAAGGCAGUUUGGGUUGUUCUUUUAGAAGAUGGGUUUGAAUUUUAUAGUAAAAAAGGUGAUGGGAGUCCCAAAGGAGUCAUUCCACUGAAGGGAAGUUCAAUUACAUCCCCGUGUCUGGACUACAGCAAAAGAAUGUUUGUUUUCAAGUUUCACACGGGGAAAAAUCAGGACCAUUAUCUGCAAGCUACACAUCUUGAAGAACGUGAUGUCUGGGUGAAGGACAUUAAGAGAGCAAUUCAAUGCAUCGAAGGUGGACAGAGGUUUGCACGCAAGUCAACAAGGAAGUCUAUCAAGUUGCCUGAAAAUAUAAAUUUGGGUGCUUUAUAUUUUUCUAUGAAAGACCCAGAGACGGGAGUCAAAGAACUGAAGUUGCAAAAAGACAAGAAAGUCUUCAAUCAUUGCUUUGCAGGUUCCUCUGUGAUUGACUGGUUGCUGUCAUCUAACUUUGUCAGGAACCGCCGGGAGGGGGUGAUGUUGGCAGCAGCUCUCACCUGCGAUGGGUAUAUUCAGCCCGCUGAAGAUAAGGCCAAGGCAGCAGCUGAUCAAAUAGCAGAAAACUGCUUUAUCGAUGACUCUGAUGCAUAUUAUUACUUUGCCGACAGUGGCUUUUUCAGUGAAGGAAAUUCAAGUGAUGAUGAUGAAGUUUUAAAAGAGGAGUUUCGAGGGGUCAUUAUAAAACAGGGAUGUCUGCUGAAACAGGGCCACAGGAGGAAAAACUGGAAAGUCCGAAAGUUUGUCCUGCGAGAUGAUCCUGCCUAUUUGCAUUAUUAUGACCCUACAGCGGAUGACCAGGAUCAGCCUCUUGGUUCUAUUCACCUGCGAAGCUGUGUGGUGACUGCGACAGACGAUCUCCCAGAUGGAAAGAAAUCUGAAGUUAAGGGAAACCUUUUUGAAAUCAUUACAGCGGAUGAAGUGCACUAUCUGAUACAGGCCGCAACACGGGAAGAACUCGCUGAGUGGAUUAAAGUCAUUAAGAGCGUAGCAAGCAGUGGAAAAUAAAGACAGAGUUCAACAAAUACCACACUGCUGGUUUCCAAGAGUCAUACAACAUUAACUAGAUCUCAAAAUAAAUCUUAAGCCCUUUAUUGCUGGAUUGGCAACAUUAAUUAUGAACGUACACUGUGUGAUGACUAAAAUAGUGUCUCAGUAAUAUCCUAAUAUCUCCUCACAUGGCUCGGUGUCUAAUUUUGUCUGAUUACUACUCCUAUGAAGCACCUUGGGACAUUUUACCACCUUAAAGGCACAAUAUAAAUGCAAGUUGUUGUUAAUAGAUACUACACUGCUUCACUGCCGUACAAAAAUGGAAUCUGAUCUGUGUGGAGUCAAAAUUGGAAUAGCUUUUGUGCCAAAAGGUUUCUAUGUGUUUGACUUUCUUUCUGUUCCAAAAUCAUCAGCUGUGUUUCACUUCCUUUUUCUGCUUGAUUCACUUUUAUUCUAAAACCUUCUUAACUGUUAUUUGUACCAAAUAUUAACAACAUAUUUAUAGCUAAUACUGUCUAACAUCGAUGUGUCAAACAUACACUUUUGCUAGUGGCAUGGUUGAAAAGUAAUGUGAACGAUACUAAUCAGUUGUCACUCUUUGCUUGUGAUGUCAGCAAGAGUUUUUUUUAUUGAAACAUCCAGCAGAGAUUGCUGGAUUAGCAUUUGAUUAAAGUAAAAUUACACCAGAGAAAUUCAUUAAUAAACUAUUAUACUGAGAAAGCAUUUUCAUUUGUUUAUUAAUAAAGACUUCAUUCCAUUUA